AUGAGUGAUGUCGAUGCAGUUUCUUUACCAGCUGCCCUGGACGUCGGUCAGAACACGCUUGCUGCGGUAAGGCCAGAACUUGGCCCGCCACCUAGGAAUAACCGUGCCGACUCUCGGGUAGAAGAUCCAAAUGUGCAGUCAGAGGAGGAGAAUGGGCCUCCGAGCCCUAGGGCUGAUUCCGAGGCAGAAACAAUAAUCCAAUCGGGUCGAGAAUCCUUGUCGCCUGAAAAGAAAAGAAAGCACAUCAAGCAUGAUCCGAAUCGGCGAGAACUUAAUGGAAUUGAUGGACAUCGACGCAAGAAAUCACGAACCCAUGGCGAACAGGGGCGAGAAAGAGAAAGAGAUCGGUCGCGAUCCGGCGCUCUUUCCCCUUCGAUGGUCAAAAUCGAAAAGAGCGAUGACAAUGCGGAAGGUGGACUCGGGAGACCGCGCACUUUUCGUAAACGCAGUUUCAGUGACUCCGAGGAACAACAUGGUCGCCACGCUUCACGCGAACUUAAACACAAUAACAAUACUCGUCUCUCUCGACCACCAUCAAACACGCGAUCGCUCUCUCCAAAUCGAAGAUCUCAUCAACGCUCUGCGUCGGGAUCUCAAUUCCCAGCAAAAAAGAAGGCGCCGACGCCUUUAUUGACUGGCUUUCCGCGACAAAGCUCCGAGGAUAGACUUUCGACAUCUUCAUCAGCAAGUGGGUCUCCAUUACCAGGUGUGCAUCUCCGUAAGCUGGGUGGUACUGGGGCAUCGGCGUCACCCGCCAAACAAAUGGGUCCCAAAAAGCUGCGCGACAAGAGCGGCCGGACUCCUCUCGCAAGAGCCUGUGCCGAUCGGAAGCAUGACCAAGUGAUGAUGCGACACGCCGAACGACCAGAAGAUAUUAAUAUUCCUGAUAAUGCAGGCAAUACCCCCCUGCAAAUCGCAUCGCUCGCUGGCGAAGCCGAAAUCGUGAAGUUUCUACUUGAUGUUGGCUGUGAAAUCAACACCAAGAACAUUGACAAAGAUACCCCGUUGAUUGAUGCCGUUGAAAAUGGAAAUGUGGAAGUGGUUAAGCUUUUGCUUGAUGCAGGCGCAAACCCGAGAACCGUGAAUGCCGAAGGCGAUGAGCCCUAUGAGUUGGUGCCGUCGUUUGUGGACGAGGAUGAAUACGACGAAAUGCGCAAAGCAAUUGCUGAUGCAAAGGCCAAUCUGCGGCCUAGUCGACGAUCGGAGGAACAUAUGCCACCGGAGAUUAGGGAGCCUUCGUCGCGUCGCACUUCAGCAGCUCGAGGAUCAGCAGCAAGUCCCCGAGAUUCACCUCCGAUGCGCAGUCCUCCCCCUGUGGGUGUGGCAGGUCGGCGAAAGGGUGGCCGAAGUGAAGCCACACGAAACGAUCUCCUCUGGACGAAGCCAACAUUUGAGAAUCUCCGAGAGUUUGCUGCCAAAGGCGAUGAGGCUGGUGUGGUGAGCAUUCUGAACAUCCUGCAGAAAGCCGACAAUGCAUCCUUGAUUGCUGCGGCAAAAGGUGGCCAUCACGAUGUUUUGUCUCUUCUUUAUGCCAUGGGCGAGGCAGAUGCUGAUCCAAAUCCAUUACGGGGUCAAAAGCCUGGGUACAACACACCGUUGCUCGCGGCUAUCGGUCGAGGAAAGAGUGCAGUCAUCAGCCUCAUUUUGAGCCAACCUGGAUUUGAUCCCACACGUCGACUGUUCGAAGAUAAGACAUAUUUUGAGUUGUCUCGAGAUCGACAAGGUGAAGACUGGGAAGAUGAGCACAGGAUUCUGAAGGAAGCGUAUCAGAAAUACUCGGGUCCACGCAAAGGUCGCAAAGGCGACUCACCCCGCCGAGCGCGUGGCAAAGAUAAAGACGACAGACGCUCCUCACGCAAAACCUCAUCAUCCCCUGUUCCUCGCGCAAGAAAGCACGACAGCAGUCCCAACGCCAACAGACAUCGCGAUCCUAUGAAAGAAGUUGAUCCUAUCAAGGAGAAGCGACGCGAAAAAGAUCACGACUCAUCACGACCAGAUUUGUCAACACGACCCGAUUCUUCGCGGCCCGAUUCAUCGAAGCCUAAAUCCUCAUUAUCAGCCAGAAGAGAUAGCGAAUCAAGUGGGUUUGCACGUUCCGACGAAAUCAAAAAGCGACGACUCAUCGCGGGACGUCGACCUCAGGAGCGCAGACCUAGCCUUUUUUCAUCCGAUUCGUUGUCUGGGCGCGAAGAAGCCCCCAGACCACGCGAAGAGGCUCCCAAGAUGCGUCCUGAUAAUGGACCCGAUUCCUCUCUGUCUUUGAAGCGAAUCCGUCCUGACAGGUCUCCUGAGCGAUCUCGAUCCCGGGGUACAGACAGACGUUCGCUGUCGCCUGGCUCGCGCCCAAAGAAGAGAAGAGUUGUUUCUGAAGAUAAGCAGCCCGGUGCUGCAAACCCUGCAAACGGGUCCAAAUGCGCCGACGACAACAAACCUCCACCCCGACGACCCAACGAGGAAGCUACUCGAUCUGGUGAUUCUAAAUCCCAACACCUUAAACCCUCUGAACCUUCACAACCUCUUUCAACCCGCCAACCUUCACCGGCUCAUGAUACCAUUAAAAAGAACGGCGAGGUCAAGAUGGAACCUACCGAACACAAACCCAAUCCUCCAAAAGACAUGGUGACCGACGAGAAGCGUGCCGAGCUUGAAGCCAAAGAACGUCGCCAAGCUCAGGCCAAAAAAGCCGAACAAGAGCGAGCAGCGCAUGAAAAGCGCGCUGCCGCUGAAGCUGAACGCACUCGCCUUGCUAAAGAAGAGGCUGACCGGGCUGCCCAGGCAGCUCAGGCAGCUCAGGCAGCUCGCGACAAAGCUGAGGAUGACGACCGCAAGCGCAAAGAAGCCGAACAACGACGUGCCAAGCAAGCCGAGGAUGACCGCCAAAAGCGCCUGGAGCAAGAACGUGCUCGUAUUGCUAAAAUGCGUCGUGAGCAGGAGGCGACAGAGCGUCGCCGCCGCGAUGCCCUCCCCACCCGCCUUUCUCUCGCAGCUGACCUUGUGGGCUCAAACGAUCCCCGUGCCAAAAGUCACGCCUGGCUCAAGAAGUUCAUGCCACUUGUUACCGCGCUCACCCGCCAACUCGAUCCUCAAUGUGAUGUGGAAGUGGCGGAGGAGAGAUGGAUUCCAAACUACCUGGUUGCACCCUUGCUAGCCACCAACGAUCUCCAGCUUUCGCAGUAUGCUAGUUGGGAGAAACGCAAGGCGACCCCAACUCAGCGCAAUAACCUCUGGCGAAUGACCCGCCGCAUGGUGACCUAUGUGCCGGAAUACGCUGGCCACGGCCCUGUAGUUGGAGAUAUUUUCCAGAGGGAUUGUGACAAUCGUCCUAAGUACUUCGCGAUGGAGCAUGUCUUCUGGGUUAGGCUUGCUGAUUUCAUGGAACUCAUCCCACAUGUUCCUCACCUGCAUGGGUUCGAACUCCAAUUCUUGAACAUGCACAUCGACACUGAGCCUGCCGUGAUCACCUCCGACUUAAGCCACCUUCACCUCAACGGUCAUGGUCUUGAUGGUGCUGUUGAAACGAACGGCACCAGUCUUUCCAACGGCCAUGACCAUUCUUUGUCAUAG